AUGACCGUCUCGGCCAAGCACCUGGCACACCGCACGCUGCACCCGGGCUUCGCUGCUGCCUACACCUUUGGCGACGAGCUCGGCAGCGGCGGCUUCGGCUUCGUCGUGAGCGCGACGCGCAACGCCGACGGCCUGCCUGUGGCGGUCAAGUUCAUCUGGAAGGACAAGGUGCCGACGCACGGCUGGGUGCGCGACCCGACGCUCGGCGUCGUGCCCAUGGAGGCCUUCGUGCUCAAGGUCGUCGACCACCCGGGCGUCGUCAAGUUCGUCGACCUCUUCGACGACGACGAGUUCUUCUACCUCGUCAUGGAGCUGCACGGCACGCCGUGGAAGGCGCCGGGCAGCGACGACACGCCGACGCCCAAGGCCAACGCCACGCCCAAGGCCUCGUCGCAGCUCGCUGCGCCGGCCGGCAUGCCCACCCUGACGCCGGCGCCCGCCGACACGCUCAUGGAGAGCGCCAGCUCGCUGAGCGAGCCGGCCGCACCCAAGCCUACGGCGGCACUGCGCCCGGCGCCGAUGGAGCGUCGCUCGUCGUGCGACCUGUUCGAGUGCAUCGAGCAGCACUCGCGCCUGCCCGAGGACAAGGCACGCUGGGUCUUUGCGCAGGUCGUCGAGGCCGUCUUCCACCUCGACCGCCUUGGCAUCACGCACCGCGACAUCAAGGACGAGAACUGCGUCGUCGACGCCGACUUCAACGUCAAGCUCAUCGACUUUGGCUCGGCCGUCAUUUCGGACCCGCGCAAGCCGUCGCCGUACUUCAACCGCUUUUUCGGCACCAUGACGUUUGCCUCGAGCGAGAUUCUGCAGGGCAAGCCGUACCGUGCGCCGCACGCCGAGGUGUGGUCGCUCGGCGUGCUGCUCAGCAUCCUGCUCAGCGGCGAGUGCCCCUUUGCCGACCCCACGGCGGCGAUCCGCGGCAAGAUCAGCAAGCCCAAGGGCGCCUGGACCAACGACGCCCUCAACCUGCUGCGCGGCUGCCUCGAGGUCGACCCCGACCGCCGCGCCACCAUCGCCCAGGUGCGCGACCACCCCUGGGUGCACUCGGCCUGGCAGCAGCGCGGCCGCGUGCGCCCUCUGUGA